AACCUUCCCCCGCAGUAUCCUCUCGAGACGAUGGAAAACUCGUCGCACUGUUUCAGUACAACAUGGCUCCAGGAAUUUCAUGUCACAGUGCAUGGACCUAUGUGCUAAAGCAUGAAAUGUACAGAAGCACAAUCCACGACAUGAAAUUUCGUAUGCGCCCCGCGGUGACGACGCGUACGUUGAGACCAGGCAAGCCAAGCCGACGUCUUGUGCUAAGUCAAGGGAAGAACAUAUUUUCCACAUUGAGUACAAGGCGGCCUUGUACUCGCUGUGGAAAAUAUGUCCUUUCUUAUACACAAUCUGAAUUUUUUAUUGUCUUCGUUCCGUUUUUAAUGUCGGCAUCAUACUCACCCUCAUUUGGCAAUUUUUGAAAUCUGACAUAUAUCUAAGAUGUUCUCGUGAUACGAACACGACCUGCCAGCCUCCGUUCUGCCAGCGUAGUCUACUUUUCUGUAGAUCCUCUGACUAUCUUCCUGAAGAGACGAGAUUCACUGAAUCGUUUCGGUAAACUAUUCACCGCUUCAGGCAUUUCACGUC